AGAUGGCGCCCGGAUCCGAGCUGUAAUGAUCUGGAGCCGAAGCACCGCCGGGAUGAACGCGUCCGACGUGUCCUCCUACCAGGAGGACGCCCUGCUGGCCAACUUCAGCUGGUCCUACUCCUCCCAGCAGAACUACACCCAUUCCCCGCCGCUGCUCCCGGACAAGGCCGCCACCUCCAAGCCGGCGGCGUGCGAACAAGUGCACAUCGCCGUGGAGGUCUUCCUGAUCCUGGGGAUCAUCUCGCUGCUGGAGAACAUCCUGGUCAUCACAGCCAUCGUGAAGAACAAGAACCUCCACUCGCCCAUGUACUUCUUCGUGUGCAGCCUGGCGGUGGCGGACAUGCUGGUGAGCGUGUCCAACGCCUGGGAGACCAUCAUCAUUUAUCUGCUCAACAACCGGCAGCUGGUGGUGGAGGACCACUUCAUCAGGCAGAUGGACAACGUCUUCGACUCCAUGAUCUGCAUUUCGGUGGUGGCGUCCAUGUGCAGCCUGCUGGCCAUCGCCGUGGACAGGUAUGUGACCAUCUUCUACGCCCUGAGGUACCACAACAUCAUGACGGUGAGGAGGGCCGGCUGCAUCAUCGGGGGAAUCUGGACCUUCUGCACCGGCUGCGGGAUCGUCUUCAUCAUCUACUCCGACACCACGCCCGUCAUCAUCUGCCUGAUCUCCAUGUUCUUCGCCAUGCUGCUCAUCAUGGCCUCGCUCUACAGCCACAUGUUCAUGCUGGCCCGCUCGCACGUCAAGCGCAUCGCCGCCCUGCCCGGCUACAACUCCAUCCACCAGCGGGCCAGCAUGAAGGGCGCCAUCACGCUCACCAUCCUGCUGGGGAUCUUCAUCGUCUGCUGGGCCCCCUUCUUCCUGCACCUCAUCCUGAUGAUCUCCUGCCCCAGGAACCUCUACUGCGUCUGCUUCAUGUCGCACUUCAACAUGUACCUCAUCCUCAUCAUGUGCAACUCGGUGAUCGACCCGCUCAUCUACGCCUUCAGGAGCCAGGAGAUGAGGAAGACUUUUAAGGAGAUCAUCUGCUGCUACAGCCUGAGGAACGCCUGCAACAACGUCUGCGCCCUGACCGGUAAGUACUGAGGCCGGGACGGCGAGGGCCGACGGAC